CCACCCCAAGAAAAGAAAAGAAGCACACACCCGCCCACACAAACACCACCACCACAAAGCAAUCGCUUCGCUCCUCCCGCAAGCCACGAAACCCGGCGAAUCGGCGAUGCCCCACCACCACCACCGCCGCCACGGCCACGCCGCCGCGGCCGCCGAGGCCGAGGAGGAGGCCCCGUCGCCGCGUCCGUCCUCCGCCGGCUGCUACACCUUCCUCCGCUCUGCGUCCCGCCGCGGCGGCGCCGGCGGUGGCGGAGGGUACCGGCGCCUCGACUCCUCCUCCGCGGCGGGGGAUGUGAUUAGGGUGGAGGUGGGGACGACGAAGGGGGAGAGGAGCGUGUUCCACGUCGACCAGGCCGUGCUCGAGGCCGGGCCGGUGCGGCGCCUCCUCGCGGCGGCCGGGCGGCGGACCCGCGGCGGCGCGGUGGCGGUCGCCGUGGACGUGCUGCUGUUCGAGCACCUGCUGUGGCUGCAGGCGGCCGGAGACAAGGGGAUGCUGGGCUACGACGACGACGAAUCAGCCGCCGCCGACCUGUCGGAGAUCGUCGACUUCUACUCGCAGGACGACGACGUCGACGACUCCGGCCACCGCGGGUUCUAGCGCCAACUCGAUCUCUCUCCCUCUCUAAAAUCUCAUCAUUUAGCUAUGUAUAUAGGAUCAUAAUCCCUCCCAAAAUAGAAAUAAGGUGGUGUUCUUCUACACAUAAAUUAAUUACUUCACUUCUAUGAGUUUACUAUUGAGUUACAGCAUCUGGGAUUAAAUCACAAAUUCCAAAUCUGGUUGUAUGUGUUAAAGUUCUAAUCAAUAUAGUAAAUAAUCAAAA